UUCACAAAUGGUCACUCGGAUCUGGCAGUGCUGGUCGCAUUGAAUCGCCUGGUUGGUUCAUUUUGAUAAUCCUCCAACAUUUCCCAGAAGGCGAAGUGCAAGAAGUUUCUAUGUUAUGGCGGUCUUGAUACCAUUUCAGGGCGUCAGGAGGAUGCUUGACUGACAGACCUCCAGUCGGAGGCAAAGCCAGUCGCUUGGCAAGCAGACUUUGAUGCGUGUCUCCAAUGGCGGCCUUGAAGUGAGACAAAGCCUGCUUCUUUUUCCCCACCCCCCAGCCCCGCCCCGCCCCGCCCCACCCUUCCCUUCUCCCUCGUCCCCACUACCAACAGCACAGCUCUUGCAAUGUAGUGUGAGCACUUGGGAGCCCCGAUGCUUGUCAGUGUAAACGGAGAGAAGGGGACUGCAACCAUGGUGACUCUGCUCACCAAGAAGCUGCAGGACCAGAGCCUCAGUGACCUGCCAUGCAAGGCUUACAGCAUCAACUUGCACUCUGAGAAGCUGAGUCAAACAGUCAGCCUGUUCCCUUACGAGCUCCAUGAAAAAAGCCCGUGGAGAGUCAUCAGUGGGGGCUGUGCCUUCCAGAGAGAAGCAGUUACCCAGAAUGCAACAGUGGCCUUCCCCAUGUGUCCCUAUGGGGGGAGCAUGGGUGAAGAAGCUACAGGCCCCCAGACCAGUGCUUCUGUGGCCCCUGGUAGCUACGCUGUUGGUGGCCCGUCGGCCCUGCCCGGCUGGAUCAGUGAACUGAACCUGAACGAGAACGGUGGUCCGCCACUGGCCCCGCCCACAAAGCGCCAUUGCCGCUCGCUGUCGGAGCCAGACGAGCUUGCUCGCUGCCGGUCACCAUGGAGACCUGGCAGUGGCUCCAAGAUCUGGACUCCCAUCUCCAAGCGCCGGUGCAACAGUGGGGGUGCAGCCUCCCUGCAGCGUUGCCAUAGCCACGGGAACGCUGGCCUGCCCCAACCACCCUCCUCCUCUUGCUCCUCCUCCUCUUGCUCGUCUGGAUGUGGCCGCACUCUGGCCCUCCAUGGCAGCGCCUUGGCUGUGGCUGUUUCCCCGGUGCCACGCCCCUCCUCCGCCAGCAGCGGGUUCGCAGAUGGCGGGGAGGGCAGCAGUGGGACCUCCUCGACCUCCUCCACGGCCACGCCCUGGCACUCUGCUGGGCCACGGGACCACACCCGACGCCUGUCGCUCUCCCAGGAGCACAUCGCGGACGUGGGUGGGUGCAUGGGCGCCCUCCUGCCUUCUGCCAGCAGUACGCCCUCCUCCACACCAGAGCUGUGCCGGAGGCAGGGUCUCCUCCGCUGCCGCUCCCAGCCCUGUGUCCUGCAGGAGCGCAAGAGCGGCCUCAAGCGCCGCCGCGAGGAGGACGUACGAUGGAGCCGGCCCUCCCUCGACUUCCUCAAAAUGACUCGGACGUUAAAAAACUCCAAAAGCCUCUGCUCCCUGGACUAUGAGGAUGACGAAGACCCCCAAGGCCAGACCAUAGUGUCAUUGCCUUGCGACUCAGAGGAUCUCCUGUCAGAUGCGGGGGCGGAGCCUGCAGGGCGGGCGCCAGUACUGUUGCGGCUGGGACUGCGGCCUGGACCGCCCCACCCCCACCUGCGAACCCUCAGUAGUGCUGCAGCCGUCAGCGAGAGCGACGAGGACGCAGAUGUCAGCGACUGUGAAAGCGCAGAGGACACCCUCUUCCCACUCGACUGCGCCGACUUGGACCUGGAGCAGAUUGAGAACAACUGACAGAACCCUGGCCUUCCAGAUACUGCACACAUAUACUGCGUCCCUAUUAUUGCAACUAGGGACAGGUGACUUCCACGUUGUGUUGAUCUACAUGGAAAAUGCAACCCUACCCCAUUCCCUUUUCCACAAAACCGAACUUCAGACCUUCCCCCCCAGCCAUUGGUGGAGACGUGUUGGCCUGUUUAGGAGGUUUUAGUACAGAAGAGACUGUUAUUUGCCUGUACAUUCUGAUCUUAAUUGAAUGCAGAAUUUUGAGGACAGAAUAUUUUGGGCUACAAAAAAAAAUUUUAAAGGUGAAGAAAAUGGAAAAGAGUGAAAAACAGACAAUUUACGUUGUAUAUUACAGCUUAGUUAUGGAACAAAAUGACUGGCUUGUUAACGCAAGAUCUAUUUUAAAGGGCAUUUGUCGAUCUUACUUGGUGCCAGUCUGAGUAGAAUUGCUACUUGUUGAGUCAGUAUUCUGUAUAAAGAAGAAGAUUGGAGUUGACUACCAACCAAAAUGGUGACUUUUCACUGUCUGAGGCAAUGUCAUUGUGUGUCAAAAGACCAAUGGGUGUUCCUGACCGCACGCAAACCUGCCUGGUCAUUGAAGGGAAGCUUUAAAAUAUCACAUGGGCAAUGAUUUAAGAUCAAGGUGCAGUAACCUUUGUGAUCCACAAUUGAAAAAAACCCCAAAAAACGGCUGUAGGUAAAGCCUCUCGAUUGCAGUCUCCAGGAGAUUUAAUACAUUACCUUUGUUUGUACCUCUUCCUGUGUUUUUUAUUUUUGUGUCAGCUGUAUUGACUGGGCAGCACCUGGUGGUAUUUGAGGGAUUGCCUGAUGAGCACUUGGGGUAGGGGUUGCAGUAUAUUUCCUCCUCAAUGCUGCUAGUUUUCCCCUCCCAUUCCCACCCCUUGGCAAACUGCCCUGCUACCACCCCUGCCUACGUUUCCCAACUGGUAGAGGACUGUCUUUUCUAAAGUGCCUUUGAGGCUGUUCUGUUACUAUACCUAUCGGACCUCCUUUCUUGUCCGUUUCACAAGCAAUUUAAAACUUAUGGCUGUGACCCUGUUUUCCACAUUUCUUUAGGAGUGUGACUGGGCUCAUUGCCUGCCUCUUCAUUUUCAUUUUCCCUUUUUUGCACUCAAAUUUAAAGGAUGAAAUUAAUUCUGGGUCUAUGAACCCAUGGGCAUGGUCAUUUGCAACAGCCCUUGUGGACAGGCUCCACAGCCCAAGCUGUGUAACUGGACAUGCGUGCGGUCAGUACCCUGGGCAGGAAAUCACACUGCCCUGAGGGCCAAUGAGUUGUUAGUAUCAAUAAAGUGGAUCUUCUGCUUUGCA